CUCAUUGUGCCUUUAAACAACCCGGAAGUAGAAGACCGCUCUAAACAGGAUAUUACCGUGAAACUGAGGUCAGAAUUUCUCUCUCACAGCCAUCUUGGAUAUAACGUCCUGAGUCGCAGCAACCAUGCCUGGUGAAGCUACAGAAACUGUCCCAGUCACAGAGCAGGAGAUGCAGCAGCCUCAAGUGGAGACCGCUACACCUCCUGCCCCAGCUUCCACCCAGAAACCUCAGGCAGCUUCUGGCCCUGCAAAGCCCAAAGGCAAAGAUGCCAAGAAUGUGCAGGGUUCCUCGGCCCCAAAGGCUGUUCCUGGCAGAAGAAAACGUUCCUCCAUGUCUGCCUCUUCCUCUUCUCCCACCUCACCAAAAUCUACUUCUUCCACUACCCCCCUUUCACCCGUGCCAUCUCCCUUAGCUACCUCACCUGGCCUUGCUAGUCAGGCAAACCGCUUCACCCCGAAAGUUGUCAAGGCUGGCAAACAAGGAAAAGCUAAGACAGGAGAGGUGUUUGUGACUGCUCCUGCUCCUUUGGAGUGCAAGGUCACACCAGCAAAUGAAAACCAUGUAGAGGCUAGCCCUAAGCAAACUGUAGUUGAAGCUAAAUCUGCCCCAGUUGAGCCAAACAAACCCCCAGCAGCUGCUUCAACUCCUGUUGCAGCCCCAGCUGCUUUUAAAGUUACCUCAAUGCCUGCUUUGGCAGCUCCCGUUUCAUUUUCCGAUGCUCUUACCUCUAGUCCUCCCGCAUCAGUUGAAGUUAAGACCGCUCAAUCAAAAGCUGCUCCUGUUAUUGCAGCUGCUGAUGAUGAUCUCCCUCCACUUAUCCCACCUGAGAAGCCAAUUAAAAUGCCAGAACCUGUACCCACUGUAGAGGUGAAGGUAACAUCCAAGCCCAAGAUGGAUAUUGAGCCUGUUAAGGUUGUCGCAGCAGCGAUGGUUAAAUCUGCUCCUGUUGAAAGUGCUAAAGUUGUUGCUGAAGCCUCAACUGCAGCUUUUGAGGCUGCUAAACCAGCUCACAUUGAAGCUCCUAAAACAGCCCCAGCCAAAAAAGAGGCUGUUAAGAAGGCCCCCCAAAGCAAACCUUCUCCUGAGACAGCUGCUGUGGCAAAACCUGCUCAUGUGGAGGCUGCUAAGCCAGCUGCUGUGGCCAAACCUCAUGUGGAGGCUGCUAAGCCAGCUGCUGAGGCCAAACCUCAUGUGGAGGCUGCUAAGCCAGCUGCUGUGGCAAAACCUGCUCAUGUGGAGGCUGCUAAGCCAGCUGCUGAGGCCAAACCUCAUGUGGAGGCUGCUAAGUCAGCUGCUGUGGCAAAACCUGCUCCUGUGGAGGCUCCUAAGCCAGUAGCAGAACCUAAACCAGCUGCCGCUGAGGUUACCAAGCCAGCCCCUGUGUUGGGUGCUAAGCCAGCCAUUGAGGCUGAAUUGGUUAAGGCGGCACCAGCCCCACCUCCCUUUAAACUCACAUUUGCUGAGGCAGUUGCAAAACCUGCCCCUGUUAAACCUGAGGUUGAGGUAAUCGGUAAAACCCCUUCUGAAUCCGUCUCAACACCGAAACCUGUCCCCACACCUGCUAAAGCCCCAGUCAAGGUGGAGCCUGUGAUCAAGAACGACAAGGGAUCCGGUACAGAGUCAGACAGUGAUGACUCAGUCCCUGAUCUGGAGGAACAGGACUCUGCACAGACACAGACACAGCAAGCUCAGCUUGCGGCAGCUGCCGAAAUAGACGAGGAACCUGUUAGCAAAGCCAAACAGAGCCGCAGUGAAAAAAAAGCACGAAAGGCGAUGUCGAAGCUUGGUCUCAGGCAGGUAACGGGGGUCACCAGGGUCACCAUUCGCAAGUCAAAGAACAUCUUAUUUGUCAUUACCAAACCAGACGUCUACAAGAGCCCUGCAUCAGACACAUACAUCGUCUUCGGUGAAGCUAAGAUCGAAGAUCUUUCCCAGCAAGCCCAGCUGGCUGCCGCAGAAAAAUUCAAGGUACAGGGAGAAGCUGUAUCAAACAUCCAGGAAAACACACAGACGCCAACAGUACAGGAGGAGAGCGAAGAAGAAGAGGUGGAUGAGACCGGAGUUGAGGUCAAGGACAUCGAACUCGUCAUGUCACAAGCCAACGUGUCGCGGGCGAAGGCUGUACGCGCCCUGAAAAACAACAACAACGACAUUGUCAAUGCUAUUAUGGAGUUGACAAUGUAAUGGGACCCUGGCAAUAAAGGGUUGAAGAAAGGUUGCUGAUUUAAGCUCGUUUAUACAAUUUAUACCCAAGAUGGAAAUAAAGUUGUGGCUUGAUAAAAUUAA